ACCUCCGCCCCCACUCUCCCUCCCCUCCCCUCCGCUCCUCCAGAUCUCCACCUCGCGCAUGGCGUCGCCGUCGGGGAACCCUAACCCCAUCCCCAACCAGCCCUUCCCGGAGCUCAACAGGCUCUUCAAGCAGCCCACGCCCCCGAACCCUAACCAACCCACCGCCGCCCCGACCCCCGCCGGCAUCUUCCCGGGCGCCGCCCCCGUCCCGCCGAUGACGUCCGGCCCCUACUCCUACCCGCCGGCCACCCCGCCGUUCCACCGGGGGCCCUACCUCCACUACCCCAACGACCCCCACCUCCCGCCCGUCUCCGCCUUCGCGGGGCCGAGCCCCGCGCCGCCGAACCCUGGCCCUGGCCCUGGUCCGAGCACGAACCCACCCGGCCCCAACCCGGGCGCGCGGCUCAUGCAGCUGCUCGGCAACACCGCGCCCACCCACCUCGAGUCCGCGGUGUCGAUGCCGCCGCCGUCGGAGUUCUCCGCGCCACCCGCGCCGCUCCCAGCGAUGCCGUCGGCGCCGCCGGCGAGGAUGCCGAGCAGCAAGAUGCCGAGGGGGAGGCUCCUGGGCCCAGGGGACCGUGCCGUGCACGACGUGGACUCAAGGCUGCCCGGCGAGGCGCAGCCGCCUCAGCUGGAGGUGACGCCCAUCACCAAGUACACGUCGGACCCGGGCCUGGUGCUUGGCCGGCAGAUCGCCGUGAACCGGACCUACAUUGUGUACGGCCUCAAGCUCGGCAACAUUCGCGUGCUCAACAUCAACACUGCGCUCCGCUCACUCCUCCGCGGGCAUACACAGAGGGUUACGGACAUGGCUUUUUUUGCGGAAGAUGUCCAUCGGUUAGCAAGUGCAAGUGUAGAUGGGCGGAUCUAUGUAUGGAAGAUUGAUGAGGGACCUGAUGAGCAAAAUAAACCACAAAUCACAGGAAAGAUUGAGAUUGCCAUCCAGAUUGUAGGAGAUGCUGAAACUUACCAUCCAAGGAUAUGCUGGCACUCUCAUAAGCAAGAGAUUCUGUUCGUUGGAAUUGGUAAUUGUGUCUUAAAAAUAGAUAUAACAAAAGUGGGAAGAGGAACAGACUUCAGUAGAGAAGAGCCUCUUAAAUGCGUGCUUGACAAGCUGGUCGAUGGUGUUCACUUGGUUGGUAAACAUGAUGGAGAUAUUACAGAUUUGUCCCUAUCUCAAUGGAUGACUACCCGUCUUGCUUCUGCAUCAAAAGAUGGCAUGGUAAAGAUCUGGGAUGAUCGCAAAUCGGUGCCUCUGUCUGUUCUUAAACCGCAUGAUGGUCAAGCUGUUUACUCUGUCUCCUUCCUUACGGCACCUGAGCAUCCCCAGCAUAUAAAUCUCAUCACAGCAGGUCCUCUCAAUCGAGAAGUAAAAAUUUGGGCUUCCACUAAUGAUGAAGGUUGGUUGUUGCCAAGUGAGACUGAGACAUGGAGGUGCACUCAAACACUGGAGCUUGUGAGUUCUCUGGAACAUAGGUUUGAGGAAGCAUUUUUCAACCAAGUAGCAGUGUUGCCACAAGCUAGCCUUAUUUUGCUUGCAAAUGCCAAAAAGAAUGCUAUUUAUGCUGUGCAUGUUGAAUAUGGCCCAGAUCCUGCUUCCACCAGAUUGGACUACAUAGCUGAUUUUACAGUUGCAAUGCCUAUUUUAAGUUUGACCGGAACACAUGAAAGCCAAAGAGAUACUGAACAAAUAGUUCAAGUCUAUUGUGUCCAGACAAUGGCUAUCCAGCAGUAUGGAUUGGAAUUAUCUCUUUGUUUGCCUCCUACAGCUGAUAAUACUGGGUUUGGUAGAGAUCCAGCAAUUUCUCAUGUUUAUGAGAGACCUCCAGAAGUAACUGUAGUAGAGUCAUCCACGGAUACUAGUCUGAUUGAUUCCUCUGUUGUUGGUCCAACCAAACCAGCAAGCAAUAAUCAGGCCCUAGAAGCUAAUGUCCCUUCACAAGUUCAAUCCUCAACUCCUCCAUCAAGCAUUGACCUUGGAUAUUUAGAAGAAGGUGCCUUAAGAAAAGGUCCUUCAAGAGGUCCAUCUCUUGGGGAUCGUGAUGUGGACCCGUCGUCUCUUGAUUAUUCAAGUAAGAAAAGAAUGGAUUCUGAUGGUACAAGUGGGCAGGGUUCAUUUGGUAGGAAGGAUAGUCUCGGAAAGGAAGAGCCAAGAGGAAGCCAGGGUGAUGGUACAAAAACCUCAGAUCCUCGUCCUAUGUUUAAACUUGGAGGAAAUACUACACACUUGAUAACUCCAUCUGAAAUUAUGUCAGGUGUCCAUUCAUCUCCAGAAACGGCUGCUACUGGCAGCUCUCAAAAUGUUGAAGUGGGUGAUAAGCAUGUGGAUGGGAGAAAAUCAGAGCAAAGUGUUGAACUUGAGGCUGUCAAGGAGACUCAAAUUGUUCAUGAGAAAAGGCAGAGACCUCCCAAGAACUCAGAACAAACUGUAAACACAAUCAGUGAACGCCUGGUAACAACUGACAAAUACAGUUUGGAAGAUUCACAGUCUCGGAAUGCUGAUGGAUCAGUAUCCGCGCUUUUGAAACAUCCGUCUGGUGCUGGGGAUGAAAACACUGUAAGUGAAGCUCCAGAGAAAACUAGUGAUAGUUAUGCUUCUAGGAACUUGCAGUUAACCUCAGUUACCAGAGAGGAAAAAGUUCUUCAUCCUCCUGGGCAGUUAUCUCCUACGAGCACUUUCAACUCUACUGAUUCCUCUCAUGAACCUCUAAGCAACAUAAACCCUCCUAUUGGUUCUGUUCCACAAGUUGGUAUUCAAGAAACACUGCAACAGCUAAUGGCCAUGCAUAAUGACCUGCAAAAGCAGCUGAGCACAAUUGUACAUGCUCCUAUUGCAAAGGAAGGCAAAAGGAUCGAGACAUCAUUAGGUCGUAACAUGGAAAAGUCCAUUAAGGCAAACAUUGAUGCCAUGUGGGCCCGUUUCCAGGAGGAAAAUGCAAAGCAUGAAAAGGCUGAAAGAGAGCGUAUGCAGCAAAUCGCUACUCUAAUCACAACUUCUGUAAACAAGGAUAUUCCUGCUAUGUUGGAGAAGUCACUAAAGAAAGAAAUAUCUUCUGUUGGACCUGCUGUUGCACGGACAACAACUCCUAUCAUUGAGAAAUCACUAUCUUCUGCUGUUUCUGAUUCACUCCAGAAAGUUCUCGGUGACAAGGUCGUGAAUCAACUAGAUAAAUCACUGAGUACAAAACUUGAAGCUACAGUGGCUAGGCAGAUCCAAACACAGUUUCAUACAUCUGCCAAGCAGGCACUUCAGGAUGCUUUGCGGUCUAGCUUUGAGUCAACAAUUAUUCCAGCAUUUGAACAGUCUUGCAAGACAAUGUUCGAGCAAGUUGAUGGUGCAUUCCAGAAGGGCAUGUCCGAGCAUGGUGCUGCUAUCUGGCAGCAGGUUGCAACAGCACAUACUCCACUAGCACAAACUCUUAGGGAAACAAUCGCUUCAGCAUCAUCGAUAAACCAGGGCCUUGCAUCAGAGUUGCUUGAUGGCCAGCGCAAGCUUUUGGCACUAGUUUCAUCAGGGGCUUCAUUAUCACAUAAUACAAGUGUUUUGCAGCCUAGUAAUGGACCAGUGGCUAAUCUCCCUGAGGUUGAUGCUCCAUUGGAUCCUGUCAAGGAGCUAAGCAGACUGAUAUCUGAGCACAAAUUUGAUGAAGCAUUUACAAUGGCUCUUCAAAGAAGUGACGUCUCCAUAGUAUCUUGGCUCUGUUCUCAGGUUGAUCUGCACGAGUUAUGCAGAAUGAAUCCCAUUCCUCUCAACCAAGGGGUCCUUCUGGCUCUUUUCCAGCAGCUAGCAUGUGACAUUGUCAAUGACACGCCCAGAAAGCUUGAGUGGAUGACGGCAGUUGCCGUGGCGAUCAGUCCAACAGAUCCUAUGAUCACGGUGCAUGUGAGGCCAAUAUUUGAGCAGGUCUAUGGCGUUCUGAACCACCAACGGUCACUGCCAACGAUCAGCCCCUCGGAAGCGACCAACAUCCGUUUGAUCAUGCAUGUAAUCAACUCGGUGCUGCUGACCUACAAGUGAUACCAUCUUCUUUCUAUAGCGUGCUCUCAGUUGCUGCUGUACGUUUGGGCAACAUUAGCAUUCUUGCAUCCCUGUACAGAUAAUUUUUUUGAAAAAAUGAAGUAAACCGAGAAAUGAGGUGGUGGUGGGUGAUACAUUGUGGCUGACAAGCCAAGGACCACUAGUGAGUCAUUAGCAUGGUGGGCAUCCGGUGUAAAUUGGUCCGUGUGUUCUAGCCCGUACUCCUGAGUUGAUGUUUUCCACGUGGGUCCUGUCAUCUUGAACAUGUUAUUCAGCAGAUGCAGAUUAUAGCUCUGCUGCUCUUAACAGGUGUUUCAGUUCCUAGUUUAAACCGUGCGUUCAGUAAGUAGUUU